CGCGCGAGAGUUUACGUGACUGGACUGGUCUGAUAAGGGCGGCUUUGCGUUGUUUAAAUAUGCAAAACAGCACAGUGUUUUGGAACAGAUUGGCUGUAAAUGUUAGAUUGGGAGGGACUGAUGGUAUUUAGGCGGAUGUUUAAAGGGAAGUGCAGAGCAACAAAAACAAAAAUAAUAUAAAUAGCUGGAUUUUUGUUGCAGUUCGGUGCCAGAGACCCUCUUCGAUAAUAUACACCUCAUGGAUUAUGAUAUUAUUUAGUAUUAUUGCUUGUUAAAAAUUAUAUGCAUAACUUUCUUAAAAUUGUAUUCAUCUAAAACAAAAAUCCAGAGUUUAGGCUACACCUGCCCUGUAGUGGAAGUGUUUGGUUAAUUUCGAAUGUAGCCAUAGCAACCAGAAAGCUUGAAGUGCGUCGUUGCUAGCAACCCCAGCUCUUACAAACAGCAUAGUUUUUGGGGCCAGCAUGCCAGCAGAAAGAGCCCCUGCGGAGGUAAUGGUGCCUGUGGGGCAGGGCAGCAAGGUGGACACUGUACGGACUGCUAAGGGGCAGGAAAUGACCCGGAUAAGAGACCUGCCCCACCACCUGCGCUUCUCCGACAAACCCAAACCAGUGAGCUACCGGGGCAGCCGGCCCAUGCACCAGAGUACCCUGAAACUGUGGGGGCCGCCUUCGCAGACCGACUACACCACAACACAGCAACACUAUUUCUCUGGUAGAAGCUGGGAUGGGUGCCAAGUGCCAGCUGUCCCCAGACAAGCACUUUGUGCCUCUCAGCACCACUCUGAUCACCACCUGUGCACCCCCAAUGCAGGGCCACUCAAUGCAUGGCCAGUCCAGUCCCACAGCCGGGAAGCAUUUGGGCCCAAAGAGGUCACUCCGCACAACGUGCUACACAGUGCCACAGUGAAGAACUCCCACCACAACCAGACAGGCAGGUCCAUAAGGGAGGUGAUCAACCCAGCUGGCACCCAGGAGAAAUACUGCACCACCUACUGGGGAGUUCACUGCAGCAAACCCACACAGCCAGCCGCAAGCAGCACAACUGGACGCCCAACCCUUUGGCACAACUACAACAUCAUCACAGGAGAGGACCAGCCCUUUGCGCCAAAAAGGAAAUACAACAGACAAUCAGGGGAACAGGUAUUGUGGCAGGCAAGGCGCUGGGAGACAGACUGCCAUAACCUGCGGCUCUAUUGAAAAAAAUGGCACAGAAAGGCAGAGCUAUGCCUUUAUCAGCACUCUGAGCUUGUGGGAUCGCUGCUUACUAGGGAGCAAGGUUCAAGUGCAUUUGGUUUCAGACCUGUACAGUUGGUACACAUCUCUCCCAAACUUUCAGCCAAACAUUUGAGGAUAAUCAUGAUCUGUGAAACAAGACACUAGUCUAUUUUUAAUCAUAGUUUACAUCUGAAUUAUUUAGAUUAUCUAAAAAAUACACUUCAUAGAAAUUGUCCUUGUGAAAUAAACUUGUUAAUGCAAAAGUAAACACAUUUUUAUAUAUAUAUAUAUAUAUAUAUAUAUAUAUAUAUAUAUAUAUAUAUAUA